GGCAGGCUGCGCGCCGCGCGGUGACGCACUUCCUCCAGUUGUGCUUCUUCUGGCGCCGCCAGUGGCCCGCGGUGCGCGUUCGAAUCCGUUUCAGACACGGUGGUGCUACUUCGUUUGGUCCGUGCGUGCGCGCGCAGAUGUGGGCCCCGCGGGAACAGCUUCUGGGCUCGGCUACUGAAGCUCUGCCUGCCAAGGAUUCUGCCUGGCCUUGGGAAGGGAAGCCUAGAUAUCUGGGACCAGUGACUUUCGAGGAUGUGGCUGUGCUUUUCACUGAGGCAGAGUGGAAGAGACUGAACCUUGAGCAGAGGAACCUAUUCAAAGAAGUGAUGCUGGAAAAUCUCAGGAAUCUGGUCUCGUUGGCAGAAUCAAAGCCAGAAGUCCACACCUGCCCUUCUUGCCCUCUGGCUUUUGGCAGUCAGCAAUUCCUCAGCCAAGAUGAGCUACACAAUCAUCCCAUUCCAGGUUUCCAUGCAGGAAAUCAACUCCACCCAGGAAACCCCUGCCCAGGGGAUCAGCCACAGCCACAAUGUCCUUCUGAUAAAAAUCACAGGGGGGCUGAAGCAGAAGAUCAACGAGUGGAAGGAGGCGUCAGACCCUUGUUUUGGAGUACAAAUGAGAGGGGGACUUUAGUGGGUUUCUCUAGCCUGUUCCAGAGACCACCAAUAAGCUCUCAGGGAGGCAACAGAAUAUUAGAGAUACAGCUCAGUCCAGCCCAGAAUGCAAGCUCUGAGGAAGUAGACAGAAUUUCCAAGAGGGCAGAAACCCCAGGGUUUGGAGCAGUCAGGUUUGGAGAGUGUGCACUAGCUUUUAACCAGAAGUCAAACCUGUUCAGACAGAAGGCAGUCACAGCAGAAAAAUCUUCAGACAAAAGACAGUCACAGGUGUGCGGGGAGUGUGGGCGCGGCUUUAGCAGGAAGUCACAGCUCAUCAUACACCAGAGGACACACACAGGAGAAAAGCCUUAUGUCUGCGGAGAGUGUGGGCGAGGCUUUAUAGUUGAGUCAGUCCUCCGCAACCACCUGAGUACACACUCUGGGGAGAAACCUUAUGUGUGCAGCCAGUGUGGGCGAGGCUUUAGCUGCAAGCCAUACCUCAUCAGACAUCAGAGGACACACACAAGGGAGAAGUCAUUUAUGUGCACAGUGUGUGGGCGAGGCUUUCGUGAAAAGUCAGAACUCAUUAAGCACCAGAGAAUUCACACAGGGGAUAAGCCUUACGUGUGCAGGGACUGUGGCCGAGGCUUUGUAAGGAGAUCAUGUCUCAACACACACCAGAGGAUACAUUCAGAUGAGAAGCCUUUUGUUUGCAGAGAGUGUGGGCGAGGCUUUCGUGCUAAAUCGACUCUCCUCCUACACCAGUGGACACAUUCAGAGGUGAAACCUCAUGUGUGUGAGGAGUGUGGGCAUGGAUUUAGCCAGAAGUCGACGCUCAAAUCACAUCAGAGAACACACUCAGGAGAGAAGCCUUAUGUGUGUGGGGAAUGUGGGCGGGGAUUUAGCCGGAGGAUAUUCCUCAGUGGACACUGGAGGACACACACGGGAGAGAAGCCUUACACGUGCUUUGAGUGUGGGCGAAACUUUAGCCUCAAGUCCGCUCUUAGUGUACAUCAGAGGAUACACUCUGGGGAGAAGCCUUAUGCGUGCGCGGAGUGUGGGCGCGGCUUUAUCACAAAAUCACAGCUCAUCAGACACCAGAGGACACACACAGGAGAAAAGCCUUAUGUCUGCGGAGAGUGUGGGCGAGGCUUUAUCGCUCAGUCAACCCUCCACUACCACCGGAGUACACACUCCGGGGAGAAACCUUAUGUGUGCAGCCAGUGUGGGCGAGGCUUUCGUGAUAAAUCAGCUCUCCUCGCACACGAGCAGACACAUUCAGGGGAGAAGCCUUAUGUGUGUGGGGAAUGUGGGUGGGGAUUUGGCCGGAAGAUACUCCUCAGCAGACACUGGAGGACACACACAGGAGAGAAGCCUUACGCGUGCAUGGAGUGUGGGCGAAACUUUAGCCACAAGUCCACUCUCAGCUUGCAUCAGAGGAUACACUCGGGGGAGAAGCCUUAUGCUUGCACGGAGUGUGGGCGAGGCUUUAGGAGGAAGUCACAGCUCAGCAUACACCAGAAGACACAUUUGGGGAAAAGCUUUAGAGGUGCAAGGAGUGAGGAUGUGAUUUUCGCAAGUCAGCCAUCAGCCGCACCAGCAGAAAUGCUCAGGGAGAAGCCUUGUUUGUAAGGUAAUGUGGACAGAGCUGUACGUGGACAUCAUUCCUUGUCACAUGUCAGAGGACACACUCGGGAGAAGCCUUCUUCAUGGAGUGAGAGUAAAGUGUUGGCUGGAAGUGGCCCCUUAAGAGAUACUGGGAGUC